AUGAAAUUUUCCACCAGCAUUUUGGCUACUUCGUUCCUCGUGGGCUCAGCCCUCGCGGCGCCUCUGACUGCCCAGCGACAGGCUCGAAAUGAGGCUCGUCGAAUUGCCCGUGCCAACGAGCGAUUCAGUCACCCACCAUACAAACCUGAUACAAACGAAGUUCUGCACUUGAACAAGACCUCUCAUGAGUCUUAUAGCUCUAACUGGGCAGGCGCCGUGCUCAUUGGAAGUGGCUACACCUCAGUCACUGCUGAGUUCACCGUUCCGACCCCCAAGGCACCGUCCAAGGCCUCAUCCAACACUCAAUACUGUGCAUCCGCCUGGGUGGGCAUUGAUGGAGACACCUGUGGCUCGGCGAUCUUACAGACUGGAGUCGAUUUCUGCGUGCAGGGCGGCUCCGUCUCGUACGAUGCCUGGUAUGAGUGGUACCCCGACUAUGCGUACAACUUCAACAGCAUCAGCAUCUCAGCCGGCGAUGUGAUUAAGGUGACUGUGGAUGCCUCCUCCACCACCACCGGUACUGCCACCAUUCAGAAUCUUUCCAACGGCCAGUCCGUCACGCACACCUUCAAUGGCGGCGUGGAUGGCGACCUUUGCGAAUACAACGCCGAGUGGAUCGUCGAGGACUUUGAAUCCGGCAGCUCCCUCGUUCCUUUCGCCAACUUUGGCACUGUCAAGUUCACCAAUGCUUAUGCAACGGAUGGUGGCUCGACCGUUGGUCCCUCUGGUGCUACUUUGAUCGAUAUCAAGCAAAGCAACCAGGUUCUCACUUCCAGCUCUUUUGGCUCUAGCAGCGUGACUGUCAGCUACGUUUAG